AUGAAGAGCAUGUGGCCACCACACCUAGUGGCAGCUGCGUUGUCGGUGCUGGGGAUGUCGACCUACAAGCGGGCCACGCUGGAUGAAGAGGACCUGGUGGACUCACUCUCAGAGAGCGAUGUGUACUCCAAUGGCCUGCAGGUGAACUUCCGCAGCACCCAGAGUGGGCAGAGGUGCUGGUCUGCGCGGACCCCGGUGGAGAAGCGGUUGGUGGUGCUGGUGGUACUUCUGACAGCAGGGCUGGUGGCCUGUUUGGCAGUGCUGGGUGUCCAGUACCAGACAAGAGCGCCCCCGGUGUGCCUGAGUGAGGCCUGUAUCUCAGUGACCAGCUCCAUCUUGAACUCCAUGGACUCCAGUGUGGACCCCUGCCAGGACUUCUUCAGCUAUGCCUGCGGUGGCUGGAUCAAAGCCAAUCCCGUGCCAGAUGGCCACUCACGCUGGGGGACUUUCAGCAACCUCUGGGAACACAACCAAGCCAUCAUCAAGCACCUCCUGGAGAAUUCCACUGCCAGCGUGAGUGAGGCUGAGCGGAAAGCCCAAGUCUACUAUCAUGCAUGUAUGAAUGAAACCAGGAUCAACGAGCUCAAGGCCAAGCCCCUGAUGGAGCUGAUCGAGAAGCUUGGAGGCUGGAACAUCACAGGCCCUUGGGACAAGGACAACUUCCAGGACACUCUGCAGGUGGUCACUGCCCACUACCGCACCUCUCCCUUCUUCUCUGUCUAUGUCAGCGCUGACUCCAAGAACUCCAACAGCAAUGUGAUCCAGGUGGACCAGUCAGGCCUGGGCUUACCCUCAAGAGACUAUUACUUGAACAAAACUGAAAAUGAGAAGGUGCUGACUGGAUACCUGAACUACAUGGUCCAGCUGGGGAAGCUGCUGGGCGGAGGGGAUGAGGACCGAAUCCGGCCUCAGAUGCAGCAGAUCCUGGACUUUGAGACGGCGCUGGCCAACAUCACCAUUCCCCAGGAGAAACGCCGUGACGAGGAGCUCAUCUAUCACAAAGUGACCGCCGCCGAGCUGCAGACCUUGGCGCCCGCCAUCAACUGGCUGCCCUUUCUCAACACCAUCUUCUACCCUGUGGAGAUCAAUGAAACGGAGCCUAUAGUGGUGUACGACAAAGAGUACCUUGAGCAGGUCUCCGCUCUCAUCAAAACCACGGACAAGUGCCUGCUCAACAACUACAUGAUCUGGAACCUAGUGAGGAAAACAAGCUCCUUCCUUGACCAGCGCUUUCAGGACGCUGAUGAGAAGUUCAUGGAAGUCAUGUACGGGACCAAGAAGACCUGCCUUCCUCGCUGGAAGUUUUGUGUGAGUGACACUGAAAACAACCUAGGCUUUGCGCUGGGCCCCAUGUUCGUCAAAGCAACUUUCGCCGAGGACAGCAAGAACAUAGCCAGCGAGAUCAUCUUGGAGAUCAAGAAUGCCUUUGAGGAGAGCCUGAGCACACUCAAGUGGAUGGAUGAAGACACACGGAAGUCGGCCAGGGAAAAAGCGGAUGCAAUCUACAACAUGAUUGGCUACCCCAACUUCAUCAUGGACCCCAAGGAGCUGGACAAAGUGUUUAAUGACUACACUGCAGUCCCGGACCUCUACUUUGAGAAUGCCAUGCGGUUUUUCAACUUCUCAUGGAGGGUCACUGCUGACCAGCUCAGAAAACCUCCCAACCGAGAUCAAUGGAGCAUGACGCCGCCCAUGGUCAAUGCUUACUACUCUCCCACCAAGAAUGAGAUCGUGUUUCCAGCCGGGAUCUUGCAGGCACCCUUCUACACCCGUACCUCACCCAAGGCAUUGAACUUUGGUGGCAUCGGUGUUGUCGUGGGCCAUGAGCUGACUCAUGCUUUUGACGAUCAAGGACGAGAGUACGACAAGGACGGGAACCUCCGGCCGUGGUGGAAGAACUCGUCGGUGGAGGCAUUCAAGCAGCAGACUGAGUGCAUGGUGGAGCAGUACAGCAACUACAGCGUGAAUGGGGAGCCAGUGAAUGGCCGCCACACCCUCGGCGAGAACAUCGCCGAUAACGGGGGCCUCAAGGCAGCUUACCGGGCUUACCAGAACUGGGUAAAGAAGAAUGGGGCUGAGCAGACCCUGCCCACUCUUGAGCUCACCAAUAACCAGCUCUUCUUCCUGGGGUUUGCACAGGUUUGGUGCUCUGUCCGUACGCCCGAGAGCUCCCAUGAAGGCCUCAUCACGGAUCCCCACAGCCCUUCCCGAUUCCGGGUCAUCGGCUCCCUCUCCAACUCCAAGGAGUUCUCGGAACACUUCCACUGCCCACCUGGCUCACCCAUGAACCCGCACCACAAAUGUGAAGUCUGGUAGGAGCGCCACGCAGAGAGCAAGGAGGAGGAGGGCAUGAGGCUGAGGAGGAG